AGCUGCUCAGAGUGAUUUGUGAGAGAACUGGCGAUGGCGUCCUUCAGAAUUACGUACUUACGAUGCAUCCAUCGUAACCUCUUAUACCAUGUUCGGCACUAUUGGAAGCCAACGAACACUUCAUCUCCUUCCGAUCAAUUCUUCUAUGGAGUUCCUGCCAUUUUCCAAUUCGAACUCAGUCCAGCAUUUCAAUCGGUUAACGGUCUAGUUUAUGGAUCCCGCUUAUCCACUGUAUUCCACAGACACCUAUGUGUUGGCAGUAAUGUUACUUCCGACAGUCCAGCACUGAAGAAGCCUGCAGAAAGUACUUCUGGGCAAGGAGAGAAGUCGGAGGAAUCACAGCAGGCUGGUGAGGCCGGGAAACCUGUUCGAGGCGGGCCUGUGUCUUGGUUGGGCUUUCUCUUGCUGGUGACAACUGGAGCAGGACUAAUCUUUUAUUAUGACAAGGAGAAAAAACGACAUAUUGAAGAAAUAAAUAAUGCUUCAGCUGCAGUGAAACAAGGACCAUCUGUUGGAAAAGCAGCUAUUGGUGGACCAUUCAACCUCGUUAAUCAUGAUGGAAAAUCUGUCACUGAUAGAGACCUUUUGGGGAAAUGGACCUUGAUAUAUUUUGGUUUCACACACUGCCCUGAUAUUUGUCCUGAUGAACUUCUAAAGUUGGCUGCUGCAAUAGAUAAGAUAAAAAAAGAAGCAGGGAUUGAAGUUGUUCCUGUUUUCAUCUCAGUUGAUCCUGAGAGGGACACUGUUGAGCAAGUACAUGAAUAUGUCAAAGAGUUUCACCCAAAUUUGAUUGGGUUAACUGGUACUGCUGUUGAGAUAAGGAAAGUCGCUCGUGCUUAUCGAGUUUAUUAUAUGAAGACAGAAGAGGAAGGCUCAGACUACCUAGUUGAUCAUUCUAUAAUUAUGUACCUCAUGGGCCCUGAUAUGGAGUUCGUAAAAUUUUUCGGAAAGAACUAUGAUGUGGAUCAGCUGACCGAAGGUGUGAUAAAGGAGAUCAAGGAAUACAAGAAAUAAGAGGAUAGCUACAGCCUCUUUUACCGCUGAUUUGUUGCUUAUCAGUACUCGGACAGUAUGAUUUCAGCUCUAGUGGUCUUUCAGGUUAUAUGACACAAAGAUUCAUACCCC